CCUUCGAGCGAAGUGUCCUUUGUUCUGCAGUUGACACCAUUACCCAUGCAGUCCGGGGACCAAAGCUCACUCACAUUGCACCAUACGACAGGGAGACACAUCUGCACUGCCGGCGUAAAAUCUUUUGACUAAGUGCCAGGCGAACAGGAUCGUGAAUCUCGGUCUCAACCUGGUCCCAAAAUGUGACUCAAAAGUACUUGCAGCCUUUCAGCAGAAGCAGGACGAAAAAAAGCCAUGAACGGUCCUCCUCAGCAGAGCGAUUAAAUCACAAGACAAAGAAAUACAUAUCAUCUUCGACGCCAUGACCCACCCCGGGGUAGCUAGGUACAUACUGGACAUCCAUACAUUGUCGUGGUGUGGUUGGUUCUGUUUGCUCCCGAGCCUAUGCGGAGAAACACCCGCACUCUUGUCCCCAGACAAACUCAAAAUCGAUUCCCUCCCCCCCACCCCCCUAGUUAUGGAGUAUGAGAACUGGCAUUACUUAGUGGUGGAGACGAAAAGCAACGGGGGUCACUUAAAAGCUUGUUCAGCUUGCCUUUUUGAGGGUCAACCCGAAAGAUCACUAGGACCUGGUUCAUGACCCUUUGAAGCGGGAGUCGUGGUUUGACGCAGCUAUUCCAAUCCUUUUCCUUCCUCUCAUCAGCUAGAUAUUGCACCCGAGCGUGUGUGAAUCAGGCAAUAAAUGAAACAUAGUCACGCACCGCGAAAUCAAGCCAGCCUCUAUGUACGGUUAGUUUGAUAGUUGCAAACUCGGUUGACUACUUGUAAGGUUAAAUUAGCUAGCGGAAAGUUUACUCGACCAUCUUGACUUUGGCCCUGCGACUUGCUGCUGUCACCCUUGGGGGCGGCGAGGCCGGACACGGGCCACUGUUGCCAGGACGGAACGCGAACAAAGUCUCCCGUCAUCCUAAUUUUCAUUCAUCCUUCUCGCUUCCUUAGUUUAAGUGACCCUGAGCGAACACUGACCCUCCCAAUUCUAACUCCUCCACCUUCACUCUCAAUCUCCUCUUCAUUUCCUCUUCAUCUCCUUCUCUCCAAGCCUCUCUCUCCCCCUCUCCUCUUUUCAUCCCCCGGGCAAGACAAGACUCUUCCAAGGCACUCUGUUAGAUGCUUUCCUUAGCUUGAAUGCAUCGCGCUUUGGCGUCGCAACUUCAUGACCAAGCUCCUGUACUGUGCUCUGGCUCAGCUGCUAUAGUUACACUUCCGAUACUCUCUGUUAAUACUGGGUUGCACAAGCCAUCGGGCAACAGAAAGCGUCCUCUUGAGGCUAGGCCCCUGGUGGCGGCUUUUAUAUCCAAAUAUACCCGGAUAAUCUGACCUAACUAUCCUUUGACAUCCACAUCAACAGCAAUGCCUGGCGCUGACGAGAAAAGACCCCCUUCUUCUGCUUCCACUCCUCCCCUCGAGGACGUGGAAGGUCAUCAUGCUCCUACGACUCGUGAGGGCAGACCAUGGAUGUACAAGUCUCCCAAAAUUGGGCCCUUGACUCUCCCCUGGUACGCGUCGCCGAUCUCGCAGCUUCUCAUCGUCUCGUUUGUCUGCUUCUUGUGCCCUGGAAUGUUCAAUGCCGUCAACGGUCUCGGCGGCGCUGGUCAAGUUGAUCCCAGUGACGUUAACAAAGCCAAUACCGCCUUGUACUCGACCUUUGCCGUUGUCGGUUUCUUCGCCGGCUCCAUCGCCAAUCGACUAGGUCUUCGCACAGCUCUGUUCUUCGGUGGCUUCGGUUACUUUCUUUAUGUAGCAUCGAUUCUUUCCUAUAACCACAACGGAAAUGUCGGCUUUCUUAUCUUUGCCGGUGCUCUCCUCGGUGUCUGCGCUGGUUGCUUGUGGACCGCUCAGGGUGCCAUUAUGAUGAGCUACCCCGAGGAAAAGUCCAAGGGCAAAUUCAUCUCUUGGUUCUGGAUUAUCUUCAACCUGGGUGGUGUUAUUGGAAGCUUGGUCCCCCUUGGCCAAAAUAUUCACAGCAAAGCCAACGCCGUCAACGAUGGGACAUACAUCGCAUUCAUGGUCCUCAUGUUCCUCGGAUUCAUCCUUGCUUUUACCCUGGUGGACCCCAAGUAUGUGCGUCGUGCUGAUGGCUCUCAUGUCAUCCUCAUGAAAAAUCCCUCCUGGAAAUCAGAGCUGCUAGGUCUCCUCGAGGUCGCACGCACUGACUACUACAUCGUCCUCUACUUCCCUAUGUUCAUUGCUAGCAACUGGUUCACCACCUACCAGUUCAACGCGGUCAACCUUGCGAAAUUCAAUAUCCGCACCCGUGCUCUAAAUAAUGUUCUCUACUGGCUCUUCCAGAUGGUUGGCGCCUUUGUUUUUGGCUACUUACUUGAUCUCAAAGUAGUUCGCCGGACAGUCCGUGCUCGCGCCGGGCUUGUUCUGCUCUUUGCUCUAACAAUGGCGGUUUGGGGUGGAGGCUGGGCAUUCCAGAAAGACUAUGACCGAGCGGAUAUCAAUGACCACACUCCCCGCAUGGACUGGCAAGACAAUAGCUAUAUUGGGCCUAUGUUUCUCUAUCUCUUCUAUGGUUUCUAUGAUGCCGCCUUCCAAACCUGCUGCUACUGGUUCAUGGGCUCCCUCACGAACAACGGCCGUAAGCUGGCACACUUUGCUGCGUUUUAUAAGGGCAUUCAGUCUGCUGGUGCUGCCAUCACCUGGCGCCUUGACGACUUGCAUAUUUCAUACAAGGUUUACUUCGGCUCUACUUGGGGUCUUUUGGCAGGAUCUCUCGUUGUUGCGGCGCCCGUCAUCUUCUGGAAGAUUAAGGAUACCAUUGAUCUCGAGGAUGACCUCAAAUUCUCCGAUGACACCAUCGAAGAAGUUGCCGCUACACAUGUUUUGGAGGAACGCCACGAGAAAUAGGCAUUUCCCACGAGGGGUUUUAACUUUCCCAUUUUACAACUUGUUCUUAAUUCAAGGUGUCCGUGUGUCCCGCUACAUGGAUUGAACACGAUAUCAUCAUCACCCUAAGGGGCGCAAGAUUGAUGUAAAUCUCGUGAUUCAUUCUGGCAUUUUCGUUCUGGCCGGAGAGAACCUAUUCUUGGCUUGCGACACGCCACCCUUUUUCAAUCUUGAUUUUGCAUUCGAUAAUAGUGUCACGCGAUGCGGAAAAGCAAACAAAGCCGGCGACUCGAACCUUGUGGUACCUGUCGUGAUCUAAUCAUGAGCCAAUCCACUCUAAUUUUAGCGUUUUAUCCAUUAUUCCUGUCUCAAAUGUUGUGCGCUUAUUUUAGCCCAACAACUUGUCACCCUGGUCUUACGGUGAAAGUCCCAUUCUCAGUAAGUAGAGUACGUCGUUACUCCCGACAUAAUUCGAUA